AUGGGUUACAUUUCGCUGUCCACACUAGUAUUCCUUGUCGCCUUUGCUUUGCCGGUGGUUCUAGCCACCGAUACAGCGCCUAUUCCAGAAGACAGGUCUCAAAUCCCGCAGUGGUUCAAGACCAAUGUUGCACCCUAUUCUCAGAGAAAGGGCACGCUUGACCCCGAACUCGAAGUUGCUGAAGCAACACGAAAAAUUAUCACCGUGAACCAAAAAGGAGGUGCCAACUUUAAGUCACUAAACGAAGCGAUCAAGAGCAUUCCUGUGGGAAACAAGAACCGUGUGAUCAUCAAGUUGGCUCCUGGUGUGUACAACGAGAAGGUCACGAUCGACAUAGGUCGCCCAUUCGUUACACUUCUUGGCCAACCUGGUGCACAAACGAUCUUGACUUACCACGGGACAGCCGCUAAGUACGGAACCGUUGAGAGUGCAACUCUUAUCGUCUGGGCUCAAUAUUUCCAGGCAGCUAACCUCAUCAUCAAGAACACCAACCCAAUGCCUAAACCAGGUACACAAGGUCAGGCUCUAGCUAUGAGGAUCAACGGUGAUAAGGCUGCUUUCUUCGGCUGUAAAUUCUAUGGUUUCCAAGAUACUCUUUGCGACGAUAGAGGCAACCAUUUCUUCAAGGACUGUUACAUUGAAGGAACAUACGAUUUCAUCUUCGGAAGAGGAGCUUCAUUGUACUUGAACACACAAUUGCACGCGGUUGGAGACGGAUUAAGAGUGAUCACGGCACACGGUAGGACAAGUCCGAACGAGCAAAACGGAUACUCGUUCGUUCACUGCAAAAUCACUGGAACCGGAACCGGAAUCUAUUUGGGCCGGUCUUGGAUGAGCCACCCCAAAGUCAUCUAUGCUUUCACAGAGAUGACCAGUGUGGUAAACCCAUCUGGCUGGAAGGAAAACCUCAACAAAGGACAUGACAAGACCGUGUUUUACGGAGAAUACAAGUGUUUCGGACCAGGGUCACACUUGGCAAAGAGAGUGCCAUUCACAAAAGAUGUUGACCAAAACCAAGUUAGGCCUUUCCUCACUCUUGGUUACAUUAAGGGAUCAUCGUGGCUACUUCCUCCUCCUAAGUACUAA